AUGUCAGAUUUAGCCCAGUGCGCUCUCUACUGUCCGUCUUUGUUCGCGUGCAAGCCAGCGGCGGUUUUCUCCUCGCACGGCCCCCGUGCAGAUGGCCGACAGCGGGACCAGGUUGACGUCCGGCCCGUUUUUGUCAGGUGCGGGCUCGUGAGUCAAGCUAAGGGUUCCGCGUACAUGGAGGCUGGAGACACCAAGUGGAUGUGCUGUGUUUAUGGUCCCAGAGAAACGGAGCGUAAAGAUGACACCGAUAUGAAGUGUGGAAGGUUGACAACAGACAUGUGGUUUGCCCCAUUUUCUUGCCCGGAGAGAGGCUCCUGGAUUCAAGGGAGUCAGGAUAAGGACUUCUCUUUGAUGCUGCAUGAAAGUCUGCAGCCCGCCUUGUGCCUCCACAAAUACCCUCGCUCUCAGAUAGAGGUCAACGUGACGGUUCUUGAACACAGCGGCUCAGUUCUUGCGCACGCCGUCACCUGCGCGUCCCUUGCGCUAGCAGAUGCGGGAAUCGAAAUGUACGACCUGGUGCUCGGCUGCGCCAUCCGCCAGGACGGGGGCUCUUACGUGGUUGACCCAACAUAUGCGGAGGAAAACGGAAGCGGUUCGCCCAGUGGUGACAAUCAGGGAAGACUGACCGUUGGAUUACUCCCUAGCUUGAACCAGGUGUCUGGGCUGCAGUCUGAUGGAGAAAUGACCGAAGAGACUCUCGCUCCUGGGGUGCGCACCUGCAUCGAGGGUUGCUAUAAGAUCUAUCCAGUCAUCCAACAAGCUCUGGCCAAGGCAGUGCGAAGGGCAGACCCCCCCCACCAUCAGAGAGCUGAUAGAAGUUGUACUUUUCUGGGUCAAUAUUGCUAUAAAGUGCUUUUGAUGUCAAAUAGUUUGACUAAAAACAUCAUUUUGAUCCUGCAUAUUUUUUAUAACUGA